AUGUCUCGCCCGGAGAAGCCAACCUGCCUCCUGCUGCUCCUGCUCCUGCUCGCGAUCCUGCCCGCCGCCUUGCUGGCCCUGGUGCCGCCGCCGCCCGCCUCCAUCCCUGGCGCAGCCAAGAACGGCAGCAACGGCCCCGGCGACCCCCAGAAAGCGGCCGUCUCGCCGCCUCCGCCGCCGCCUCCUCCGCCCUCCUCGGCCGGGAACCACAGCGGCGCUGCCCAGCGCAACCCGGUCCUGGCGAUGCUGCGCGAUUUGCCGGCGCUGAAGGCCGCUGUCAUCGGAGCCUGCGCGGCCAGCGCCUGUCUGAUGGCCUGCCUGCUGUUCCGCGUGCUCAGGUCUAAGAGGAGGACUAAAAAACCCCGCAAAUAUGAUAUUAUCACGACUCCGGCAGAACGGGUGGAAAUGGCUCCCUUAAAUGAAGAGGAGGAGGAUGACGAAGACUCCACAGUAUUUGAUAUAAAAUAUAGGUGAGGCCACUGGACUGGACUCCUCAGGAACGUCGUCUCGUGUAGAAAACGAUGCAAGAACUUUGGAACCAAAGGAGAGCUGGAGAAUAACUUUGGUUU